UUAGCUCAAGAGAAAACAAAAACAUUACAUUUCGAAUUACGAUUGUAAAUCAUAUUUAAUUUCAAGGAACAGCCUGGAUCAGUACCAACCUGUAACAUACCAAAUUCGUGUUCACAAAUUCGAUCGUUAAGUUCACAGAUAAUAAGAAAUAAUAUAUCUUGUAACAGUUCGCAGAAACUAAAUUGUUAUAAAUAGAUUAUUUCUGGAUUCUAUGAAGUAGGUAGUUGAACUACAUAGGUGUAAAAAUAACCAGUCGAACGCUCCAUGCAAUAUUUCGAAGACCUCGAAAGUGAAAUUCGGGUUACUGCAUAGUUUUUAUCGUAUUCAAGAAUAUUUUAAAUAGUCCAUUCGAAACAAUGGCUUUGGCUGUAACACGUGUGAUAUUAAGAUGUGAAAAUGCGCAGGAAUCUCAAGAGUUAGAUCUAUCAGAAUGUCAACUUAUGCAAGUUCCUGAUGCGGUUUACCACCUCAUGCGUCACACAGAGCUCAAGAGCUGCGAUCUUAGUGGGAAUGUAAUAACAAAGAUUCCACCAAAAUUCACUGUUAAGUUUAGUUUAAUUACAGACUUAAAUCUGUCAAACAAUCAAAUGGCCAAAUUACCUGAUGAACUUAGCACACUGGCAUGCCUCCAGCGCCUCGACAUUUCGCACAACACAUUUGUGGCCCUUCCACACAUUGCCUGCCAGUGCCCAAGUUUGCACACGCUUCUAGCACACCACAAUCAAAUCAUUGAAGUGGAUGUCGACAGAUUAGCGAGAUCACGAGCACUUGAAUAUGUAGAUUUAAGUGACAACCCUAUUCCUCCUCGAACACAUGAAGAAUUAAAGCAGAUUACGCGACCUUCAAUAUCCAUUUCUGAAAGAGAAAAAGAAGAUUGGGAAGAGGAUCUCUUAAUAUAAAAAUAUAACUUCCUAUGUACAAGACUUACAUUCAAGAUAUUUUAGAUAUAAAUGUAGGAACUGGUGCAAUAUGACCCAAAGGGUGAAAAUGACUGGUCCUAACUCAACUGUGAUUUAGCCUUGUGCAAAGAGAAUUUUAAGCUUGUCAAAAGCAUAGUGAUUAGGGUCUUGGGAGUAUAUGAAUUAUUUUUAAUUUUAGAAAGAUGUAACCAGUGCUUGAUUUAUAAAAAACAUAAUAAUCUAAAAUUAAAAUCUUAAACUUGAAAUUGAUAUGUGGGAUGCUGAAAGUUAACUGUUUGAUAAAUUUCAGUCAUCAAUAUUUCUUGCUCCUUAACAUGAAAACCAUGGCUUUAUUGUGUGGUAUGAUUAAAAAAAAAAA